AUGGCGUCCGGAUCGAGCGGCGCCGGGAACGUCUCCCCUUCGCCGGCGUCGAUUCUCCUCGCCAAGGAGGCGCACAUCGCCUUCAGCAGGAACAACACCACGGCUAGAGCCAAAAGAUUGGGGGGCAACUCUACCGUGGAGGUCACCUUCUGGACCGCUGAUCCACCGGAUGUGUCCUUCUACACCCUCUACUGCAAGCCCUCCAUGGCCAUCCCCGACGCCGACCUGGAAAUUCAGUCAUGGGUUACCCCCAUCCCCGUCUGCAAGGGAGGCGAUGUGUGUAUUCACCCAUACGUGGUGGGUGCAGAGGGCAGAUUCGUUCUUCUCAGCGCCCUCUUCGGCGGCAACUGCCGGUAUGAAUACUUCAUGUACAAGGGCGACCCCAAGUCCCCGUCCCUCGAAAGCCUCCCGCUUCCAGAUGAUGAUUAUAGCCUGCGUGGAGUGGAGUUCGCAAUCGUGCCCCGUGGUGAUGAUGACCAUUAUCUCCUGAUUGCACUCCGUCGCGUGCUGAAGAUGAAUAAUUACCGGCUUCACAUCUACUCGUCUGAGGAUGCAACAUGGACGACUAAGGAACUGCCCAAUCCAUGUCCUCAGAUCCUUAUUAUACCUGACAAGGUGUUCGUGAUCCGAGAUGGCUUGCUGUUAUGGGUUGAUUUGCUGCGAGGCAUUCUGUACAUCCCAUUGCCUGAGCCCUUGCCUAAAAACAGAGAACGAGUGAAGCAAUUCCGACUAGGAGUUAGGCGCUUUCGCGAUCUCACCUGCGUCAAUGGUCUGAUCAAGUUUAUUGAGAUGGAACACCGUGAGAUCGAAAGAGAGAUCCCAGACGACGUUCCUCCUGAGAAGCCGGUUGACCCCAGGACCAACGAUGUGCUCUACGAUUCAGAUUUGAUCACGCUGGUCAAUGACAAACCCAUGAAACCCAAGACCAGGAUAGAGGUCUCAGUGGAUGGUUGGAGUGCCAUGACAUGGACUAGGAACAUAGGGUCCAACUGUUGGCGCAAGGGACGCAUUGUUGAUGUUCAUGACAUUUUGGUCGAUGACUCGGUGUUUUCAGCGUUGCUGUCCAUCGAGAAGAGUGAAUCUGCUUGGAGACUGACAUUCAAGAACCUGUCAUCGGCUUGGCCCACCCUGAGCACAGAUGGGAAUGACAUCCUUUACCUCAAGUCAACCAGUACAUCGGGUGGAGGGGCGCUGGUUGCUGUCGACCUUGCGGAGAAGAAGGCACUGAAAGUGGAAGCACGUAGAUCGCAUCCUUUUGGAAAAUAUUUAUAUUCCUCUCCGUGGCAGAUAUUGCAUCCCUGUGCAUUGGCAAACCAUCUGAAAAUGACUCCAGGCAUUGAAACCUCAGCAAGCCAGAUUGCUCUGAUGGGCAGCUCUGCCAAUGAGCCAAACAAUACUGCUAUCCAUGUGGGUGAGACCGAUUCCUAUGAGUCUGAGAACAAACGCCCAAGGCAGCCUCCGCAGCUAUGGUUUAACAGGUGGGAGCAGCCGGUCUACAUUGGGUACUCAUCAUGGCCCCAUCAAAAUAAUCCGCAGCCACUACUGCUGGAGCAGAAGGAGGCACCUAGGACAUUUGGACUUCCUGAGGUAAAAGAAAAAUUGUGA